GACAGUGUACGGGAGACGAGAGGAAGAGCCACCCCCAUCUUUUCGCCUUUCGUGGACCUCGAAUGGUGGGUUGACGAAAAGACCUCGAGUUGCUUGUUUUAAGAUUCCAUGGACGACCCCUUUGCCUUCCCCGUGUCAUUCUUCUUCGUCGCUAAGAAUGCUCACUUCGGAGCUCAAAAAGGGCUGAUGAUGUCCGUACAAGCUUUGCGCAAUAUUCGCCUCGAAAGUUCCUUGAAACCUCAGAGCGAUUUUUCCCUGGUGCUUUGAUGGGCAAGAAAAGGGGAGAAAGAAACAAGUAGAAGAUUUUGGUACGUGGGUUCAGAUGGGUUUGGGAGGGAGCACAAACAGAGCGGUGGGCGUGGAGAUAGCAGAAGGUGGUUUGAGCAGGAGGAGGAGACACGGUACCAAUGACCUGACUGAUUUUGUCUUCUCUUGGUCUCUUCACAACAUUCUCAACGAAAACCUCUACCAUGACAAGGUGGAGACUAUACCGGAUCAAUUUCAGUCGGUCCAGGAUUAUCUCGGAUCGUACGUCUACCCUUUACUGGAAGAAACCCGGGCGAGUCUGUGCUCGAGUUUGGAAAAUAUUUCUUUGCUGCCUUUCACUGAGGUUAUUGAAUGUGUGGAAUGCACGGGAAGUGGGAACUCAUAUGCUGUUAAGGGCGGUCAGUGGAACAAUGAAUCCAACACUCGUGGCAAGGAAACUUACAAAACUUUGCCUGGAGAUAUCUUGAUUCUAACUGAUGCUAAGCCAGCAACUGUUCCUGACUUGGAGAGGUUCGGAAGAAGAUGGGCGUUCGCAUUAGUUAGGAUGAUUGGAGAAGACGAUGAAGAGGAUGAGGCAACGUCAUCAACAUACUUCGAAGUGGAGACAUUAUCGAACCUUGAAGUAAAUAAUUCCCGGAAGCCAAUGUAUGCAAUUUUCCUGAUAAAUAUAGUCACUAACAGAAGGAUAUGGAAUGCAUUGCAUAUGUCUCUGAACUUGGAUAUUUUGAAGGAAGUUCUCUGCACAGAUUUGGUGGCUGAUAAAGUUUCUAAUAUUUGUGUUACCGAAGGUAAUGGUUCUGAGAGUGAGAGCCUUGACGAGAGAUUGAGCCAUGAUCUGAAUGAAUCCCAAAAAAAAGCAGUUGGGGCCUGUCUCAGUAACCUCCAAUGUGAGAACAAGCCAUCUGUCGACCUGAUAUGGGGUCCUCCUGGAACUGGGAAAACUAAAACCAUCGCUACACUGCUACUUACUCUCUUGAAAAGGAAACAUAGAACCAUUGUUUGUGCUCCUACAAAUGUUGCCAUCAAGGAAGUGGCAACUCGUGUUCUGAAGCUAUUAAAGGAAUCAGAUAGUGGUAUAAGCACUGAAACGGGAAGUUUUCUCUGUUACUUUGACAUGCUUAUUUUUGGGAACAAGGAGCGGCUGAAAGUUGAUGCCAACAUUGAAGAAAUAUACUUGGAACAUCGUGUAGAGUGCUUUUCUAAAUUCACUAGUCUAAAUUCCAUGAUAGAUACUCUUGCCAACUGUGUCCGUCAAUACCACAUAUUUUUGGAAAAGGAACACACAAAAAGAAGCAAAUCAGGAAGUGAUGAUGAUGGGAGCGGAUGUGGAAGCGGUGAGCUUAAAUCAUUUCUUCAGUCUUUCAGGGACCGAUUCAAGGCAACUGUCCAGCCCCUGCGGAGAUGCCUCAGUAUUUUCUGUACUCAUAUAUCCAGAACUAAUUUCCAGAAUAUUACAUCCCUCCUUAACUUACUAGAUUCUUUUGAAACUUUAUUCCGUGGAGAGAAUUUGGAUUCGGAGAUGAUGGAGAUAACUCUUUCACGUGGUGAAGUUAGCCUGUUUUCAUUUGAGACGUCCAUGGGUCCACUAUAUAAUUUAUAUAUGAAGAUACAGGAAUGCCUUUCGUUGUUGCUAACUGUUCGAGAUUCUCUGAAGGAUCUAAAACUUCCAACCUUUACAAGUAUGGACAUGAUAGCCAACUUCUGUUAUCAACAUGCUUCCCUGAUUUUUUGCACUGCUUCUAGUUCAUAUAAGCUGUACUCCGUGGAAAUGGAGCCUCUCAAUUUACUGGUAAUCGAUGAGGCAGCCCAGUUGAAAGAAUGCGAGUCAGUAAUUCCUCUGCAACUCCCUGGUGUCAAGCAUCUGAUUUUAGUUGGAGAUGAGUGUCAGUUGCCUGCUAUGGUCGAAAGCAAGCUUUCUAAUCAGGCUGGUUUUGGAAGGAGUCUGUUUGAACGAUUGAGUUCACUUGGUUAUUCAAGGCAACUUUUCAAUAUACAAUAUCGGAUGCAUCCAUCAAUAAGUCUGUUUCCGACUUCAAAAUUUUAUCAAAAACAAAUUUUGGAUGGGCCAAAUGUGAAGAGCAAAAGUUACAGAAAAAGUCAUUUGCCAUGGCCGAUGUUUGGCCCUUACUCAUUCAUAAAUAUUCCUGAUGGAGAAGAACAAAUCGGUGAUGAUGGCUGUAGCCUUAGAAACCCUGUUGAGGUGGAAGUUAUCUCGAGGAUAGUGAGGAAUCUGUACAGAGCUUGGAAUGGGUCAGAAGAAGAUCUGACAGUAGGUGUCAUAUCUCCUUACACAGCUCAUGUUGCUGCAGUUCUAGCUAACCUUGGAAAAAAGUAUGAAAAUAUCAAGGGCUUUACAGUCAAGGUGAAGUCAGUGGAUGGAUUCCAAGGGGGUGAAGAAGACAUUGUUAUAAUAUCCACUGUAAGAUCAAACUCGCGUGGGAAUAUUGGGUUCUUGUCCAGUAAUAAGAGAACCAAUGUUGCUCUUACCAGGGCCAGGUAUUGUCUGUGGAUUCUGGGAAAUGGGAAAACACUGACGAAAAGCGAUUCUGUGUGGAAAGCUGUGGUUGACAAUGCAAAGAGUCGUGGAUGUUUCUUCAAUGUUGAUGAUGACAAGGAUUUGGCUAAAGCCAUCUUAGAUGUGAAGAAAGAGAAUAAUCAGCUUGAUGAUCUGCUUGACAGAAGCAGUGUACUUUUCAGAAAUGCAAGGUGGAAGGUUCUUUUCAGUGACAACUUCCUGAAGUCUUUCAGAAAGCUGGCAUCACUCAGGACAAAGAUGUCCAUCAUCAACCUUCUGUCAAAACUCUCCAGUGGCUGGAGACCAAAGAAGAGAAAUGUGGAUAUAAUUUGUGAACACUCAUCUCAUAUCGUAAGACAAUUCAAAGCUGAUGGUUUCUAUGUCAUAUGCACGACUGAUAUUGUAAAGGAACUGAGAUACAUCCAAAUCCUGAAGAUAUGGGAUGUAUUGCCUUUAGAGGAUGUGGUAAAAUUGGUCAAACGUUUGGACAGCAUAUUCGAGACAUAUAGUGAUGAUUUUAUUAGUCGUUGCAAUGAGAAAUGCAUUGAGGGGGAUCUGCAAGUUCCGAAGACCUGGGCAUGUACUUUCGAUUUUGUCCGCUAUCGAAGUCCUAGUGAAGGUCAAUUUGGGAGUAGUUCUGAUGCUGAUGCUUCAGAUCGUAGGUUGUAUGUGGAGAAUGUGAAAGUGAGCGAGAGUUUGCUUCUGAUGAAAUUCUACCCCUUAUCAUCAGAUAUUGUCAGAAAUUUGCUCGAUGACAGUGAUGGUAAUGAAGCAAGUCUUCCGUUUGAAGUAACAGAGCAAGAACAAGAGAUAAUUCUUUUCCCCAGAAGCACUUUUAUACUUGGGCGAUCUGGAACCGGUAAAACUACAGUCCUGACAAUGAAGUUGUUUAGAAAUGAGAAACUGCACGAUGAAGCAACCAAGGGAUUUCAGGAAAUCCAAAGUGGUAUUAGCCACAGCAAAGAUGCCUCCCUUGAAAUCAAUGUUGAGGAAAUCGGUGAAGGAGCAGAGGAUGGUGUAUUGCGCCAGCUUUUUGUGACUGUCAGUGCAAAAUUAUGUUUUGCGGUCAAACAGCACGUAUCUCAACUUAGAAGCUCCAGCAUUGGUGCAAAACAAAGAGUUAAAAGCUCUUCAGUUGAUGAGAUUGUUGAUGAUGCAGCAUUAUUCAAGGAUAUCCCGGAUUCAUUUUUAGACAUAUCUCCCAACUCUUAUCCCCUUGUUAUAACUUUUCGUAAGCUUCUGAUGAUGCUAGACGGAACUGUGGGGGUUUCAUUCUUUGAAAGGUUCCCUGAUCUAAGGGAUCUUUGUUGUGGCCAAUCCUUCAAUUCUAGACCAGUGGCCUUACAAAGUCUUCUAAGAGCUAAGGAGGUUACUUACGAAAAGUUUUGUGCUGUUUACUGGCCUCACUUCAAUGACAAGAUAAGGAGGAGGCUUGAUCCUUCCAGAGUCUUCACUGAAAUAAUGUCCCACAUAAAGGGUGGUCUUCCACCAGCGGAUGGUUGUGAAGGCAAACUUGACAGACCAGCUUAUGUUUCUCUUUCGGAGGGUCGUGUCUCCACUCUGAGUAUUCAGAGAAGAGAAGAAAUUUAUGAUGCUUUCGAGGAUUAUGAAAAGAUGAAAAUGAAAAAUGGUGAAUUUGAUUUGGCUGAUCUUGUCAAUGAUCUUCAUUGCCGUCUUUUUCAUGGGCAGUUUGCUGGUAACGUGGUGGAUUUUGUAUAUAUUGAUGAAGUGCAGGAUCUCACCAUGAGGCAAAUUUCACUGUUCAAGUAUAUCUGUAGAAACGUUGAUGGGGGCUUUGUGUUUUCUGGUGACACUGCACAAACUAUUGCAAGGGGAAUAGACUUCAGGUUUGAAGACAUAAGGUCCCUUUUCUACAAGGAGUUCUUGAUGGAUUCAAUGGAUGGACCUGAUAUCAGAAUGGAAAAGGGAUGUCUUUCCAAAAUUUUCCAUUUGAGCCAAAACUUCCGCACUCAUGCUGGUAUACUCAAACUGGCGCAGAGUGUUGUUGAUCUUCUUUACCAUUUUUUCCCCUUAUCUGUUGAUGCUUUAAGCCCUGAAACUAGCUUUAUAUGUGGGGAAGCCCCAAUUUUACUUGAAUCAGAGAAUGACGAAAGUGCCAUACUAUCAAUAUUUGGCAACUGUGAUUUUAGUGGUAAUUUUGUUGGCUUUGGAGCAGAGCAGGUUAUUUUGGUUCGAGAUGAUCACUCUAGAAAUGAAAUUUCAAACCUCGUGAGAGGGCAAGCGCUAGUUCUGACGAUAGUGGAGUGCAAGGGGUUGGAAUUUCAGGAUGUCUUAUUGUACAACUUCUUUGGCACAUCACCUCUAAAAAGUCAGUGGAGGGUGAUUUAUGGAUACAUGAAGGAGCAAGCUUUGCUCGAUCACAGCUCUCAAUGGUCUUCCCCAAGUUUUGAUGACACGAAACACAAUAUAUUAUGCUCUGAAUUGAAACAAUUGUAUGUCUCAAUUACUCGGACAAGGCAAAGAUUGUGGAUUUGUGAGAAUGCCUCGGAGUUCUCGAAGCCAAUGUUGGACUACUGGAAGAAGAAGUGCCUCAUUCAAGUUAGGUUGGUAGAUCAUGCCCUUGCAGAAGCAAUGCAGGUCAGGAGCACGCCAGAGGAGUGGAAGUCACAAGGUUUUAAGCUCUUACGUGAGGGUAACUACCCAAUGGCAAUAAUGUGCUUUGAACGAGCAAGGUACACAUACGGGGAGAAAUUAGCUAAGGCCUCUGCUUUCAAAGCAGAUGCAGAUCUCAAGCAUGUUUCAAAUCCACAAGAGGCUUCUGACCUUCGAAGGCAGGCUGCUGAGAUCUAUGAAACAAUUGGAAUGGCCGACUCUGCCGCGGAGUGUUUCUACAUGUUGAAGGAAUAUGAGAUGGCAGGUAGAAUAUACAUGGAUAAAUGUGGAGAAUCUGCUUUGGAGAAAGCUGGAGAGUGUUUCUCUCUCGCACGGUGCUACAGUCUUGCAGCAGAGGCAUAUGCAAGGGCAAAUAUUUUCUCAAAGUGCUUGUCCAUUUGUGCUGAAGGAAAACUCUUUGAAAUUGGUCUGCGAUACAUUGAGGAUUGGAAAAGGCAGGGAACUGAGAAGAAAAGUAAAGAAAUAGAGAAAUUGGAACAGGACUUUUUAGAGAGUUGUACCCUACAUUUCUACCACCUCAAAGACUACAGGGCCAUGAUGAAGUAUGUGAAGGCUUUUCAUUGCAUUGAUUCAAUGAGAAACUUGCUCAAGAGGCUUGGAUGCCUCGAUGAACUUAUAAGUCUGGAGGAAGAGUUUGGUAACUUUUUGGAGGCGGCGAAGAUUGUGAGGAUGAAAGGUGACAUCCUUCGUGAGGUUGAUCUACUUGGGAAGAGCGGAAAAAACAGAGAAGCGUCGAUGAAUAUCCUGUGGUACAUAUUAUUCUAUUCCCUUUGGGCUCCUGGAAGCAAAGGGUGGCCCUUGAAGCAGUUUGCACAGGAGGAGGAGCUGGUGGCAAAAGCCAAACUUCUUGCAAAGCCCGAGCCUAUUGCCUUCUAUGAAUAUGUUUCUGUAGAAUCAAGCAUUUUGUUAAAUAAACAGAACAGUUUGGCUCAAAUGAAAGAACAUUUGAGUGCUUCCAGUAGAAAUGGAAGUGUCAGAGGUGAAAUACUGUGCGCUCGAAAUAUUCUGGACUUCCAUCUUCGUCAAAAUAUCUCAAAUUUUUGUUGGGAAUAUGAUUGGCUUGUCGACCCAGUGAAUUAUUCUGAGCAACUGAGCUUGGAGAAUCAGAUUUCCGUUGACUCAUUGGUCUGCUUUUGGAAUCUUUGGAGAGAGAAAAUUGUAAGAAUUAUAGAGAGUGUAGGAUGUGUGGAGAUGCCGGUGGGAAAGGAAAAUACGUCAUGUUGGGAGUUCUGUUUGAAUUACUUUGGUGUUCUGGAGCAAUGGAACAACGUGCAAAGAACUUAUCACCUUUUAAACCCAGAUGCUGAUUGGGUCAGAAACAUAGAAAAAAGAUCUCUUCAGAAAAAAGGACAAUUGGUUGCUUUGGAUCUUAGACAAUUGGUCUCUGCAGCUCAAAAGUAUUGGUAUUGUGAGCUUACUUCUGUUGGUAUGAAGCUCCUGCACAAAUUAAAUGCUCUGUAUCAAUUUUUGGCGAAGAGUUCUCGGUCGAACUUCUGGCAAAGCAGAUGUCUUGCUAUCUUACAUGAGGUUGCCAAGUUCCUUCGAGAACUUUGUCCGAAUCACUCGUUCCAGGAUGGUAAGGCACUGGAUAGUUUCAUUGAAACAUCCAGUGGGAGGUACUUUGGUUGCAUAUUUCCACUUGACUGGAGAAUAUCAUCAUCAGAGAAUAUGGUAUCUCUGAGAGGAAGUGAGGCUUCUCGUAAUUUACUGAGAGAAACAAUGAAAAUGAUAAUUUCGAAGAAGCAUUUUUCACAUGGGAAGAUGGGUGAGCUUGCGACUUUGGUUCUUGGGUCUGGAAUGCUCGACGAUGAUUUGUACGGAAAAAUAGCAAAAUCAUUUAAAGGAAAUACGCCAUGGGAGGAAUUCAUGGAAUGCAUUUGUCGGGAUGUACCAUCAGACCUUCCUCAGGCGAGUGAUGGACCUAUGGAAAUCUCUUUGGCUUGGAAGCUUUAUCGAGCUUUGGCAGAUGCUUACAAUGCCAAUUGGAGGACUGAAAGAGACUACAUCACACCAAUUUGUUUUUUGUAUCUCUUGGAACGACUUGUGAUUUUGUUAGCUUGCUCCAAAGGGCAGUUUUAUACAACGAAAUCUUCUCUAGUUGAAUGGCUCAUCUGCCAUGAAGGUUUAGCAAAGCCUAGCUUCAGUUUCAACCUGGGAAAUUGCUUGGAGCCCAUCAUUCAGUUUGUUACAAGCACUGUUGCAGACCUUCUUAACAAUAAAAAUGAUACCGGACAAUGGAUAAAAAAUUCGAACCUAAAUGUGAGGGAGUAUUACCCGUUGUUGGUCUUGAAGUUGGUUCUUUUGGUUUGUUUGCUUCACCUGAAUUUUGGCAUCAGUCCAUAUUUUCUGUUCGAUUUGCUCAGUAAGAGUUGGAUUUCUGAGCAAAUACCUCCAGAAUUUCGUCAUAUUCUUUCACGUUGCCGGAGGCCAAACUUGCAGAAAAUUUCUGUGGGUGUUCUUGCUGAAGCGUUCGAAAAAGUUGAUCCCCUUGUAAUUACCAAUUCUGCUUCAGAUUGUUCAAAAUGUCCACAUGCCAUCAUUUUAGAUGUGAAGUUGCAUAAAUGCAAAGAAGAGAUUAUGAAAGUUCUAUUCCCCAAAGAUGGAAGUGCUGAGAGCUCUUGCAAGUUGCAGGAUCUGACUGAAUUUUCCCAGGAUUCCUCAUCUUCCAACAGUGCAGUACCAGUUGUGCAUUUGGAUGGUGCAAAUGCGUCAUCAUUGCCGGGACAAGAAGUGGGCUUAGCAAAUGAGGAAGAGAAGGGCGAAGUUGGGGAAGCUGAAAAAGCCGGUGAAGUGAAGAAGGAUCAGCAGGCUUCAUCAUCUUCUUUCUCCCAGACUGGCAGUGUGGAAAACCGGAACAAGAACAAGGGCAAUUGCAAGUCCAAAGGUAAGCAAAAUAAGAAAGGAAGAGGCAAGAAGAAAUGAAUCCUCACUUCAUUGUCGCAGAUACAGUUUGAGUGAAAAUUGUAUGUUGUUAUAUUCUGCAGGUAGUCCACGUUCUUGUAGAUACAUGUGGAACUUUUUAUUAAAAUAGUUCUUAGAAUGAAGAAAGACAGAUCUCUUGACAGGAAGCUCAUUAUACAUAUCCUGAAGUUCUAGCAGAGAA